UUACGAUACAUUUACUUUACCUAAGCCCACAACGGCGACGGAGAGCUAUAGUCCAUGGUAAUCGUUCAUCGUUCGGCGGUUUGUAACGUUUUGGUUCUUGUAAAAGUGGCGUAUUAUACACUGUGACGGUCCAACGAGACCCUGCACACGCGUAUAUAUACGAUGGCCAUUACUGCAACAAAUUCGCAGCUUUUAAAAAUGAUGAGGUUUGGGUGGGACGUGGUGUGCCGGGUUUUGGCGUCUCUAAUCGCCGUGCUGAUGGGCGCAGUGGCCGCCCCGGCCGUCGCGUGGAACAGGACUGCCCGCGCGGAUGAGCCCGCCGCCGUACCACUUAGCGUGAAUUACCAUUUUACGCGCCAGUGCAAUUACAGCUGCGGAUUUUGUUUCCACACGGCCAAGACGUCGUUCGUGCUGCCGCUGGACGAGGCGAAGCGCGGGCUGACCAUGCUGGCGAAAGCCGGCAUGAAAAAGCUAAACUUUUCGGGCGGCGAGCCGUUCAUCCGGGACGGCGGCCGCUUCAUGGGCGAACUGAUUAAAUACUGCAAGACGGAGCUGAGUUGGGCAGGAAUCAGCAUAUCCAUUGUCAGCAAUGGUAGCCUUAUUCAGGAGAAGUGGAUGAGGCAAUACGGCGAGCACGUGGACAUGCUGGCCGUGUCAUGCGACUCGUUCGACGCUGACACGAACCGGUCGAUUGGCCGGCAGCAGGGCACUCGGACCGAUCACGUGGCAAAGCUGUACCAGGUACGUGAGUGGUGCGGAAAGCACAAGAUCGCGUUCAAGAUCAAUACGGUGGUCAACACGUUUAAUGUGAACGAACUGUUCGCCGAGCACAUCGAACGAUUACGGCCGGUCCGGUGGAAGGUGUUCCAGUGCCUAUUGCUGGAGGGCGAGAACGCGGGCGAGGGAGCGUUGCGUAACGCCGCCCGGUUCUACGUCACCGACGAACAGUUCGAAGGGUUCCUACGCCGGCACGCUGAAGUCAAGGUGCUAGUGCCCGAGACCAACGACGCGAUGCGGGACAGUUAUCUGAUCCUGGACGAAUAUAUGCGGUUCCUCAACUGUCGCAACGGCAAGAAGGAACCGUCUGCGUCCCUGCUGGACGUUGGCGUCCAGCACGCGCUCCGCAGAUCCGGUUUCGACGAACAAGCGUUCCUGGAGAGGGGCGGCGUGUACCUUUGGAGUAAGCAGCAGCUAUCCAGUGCCGAAUUGGAAUGGUGAAGGGCCAAGCAUUGUUUGCUUUCAAAGCGGCACUUCUUCAUUUCUUGCUGAAAUAUUAUUAUUAUACUUAAUGCAUUUAUAUUAUGGUAAGCACUAUCGCGAAACUAGGUACCUUAUACUUAGUUUUAUAUUUUGUGUGGUAUUAUUUUUCAAGCUACAAUCGGUCGAUAUUUAAAUUAUCUGAAAAAUGUUCACUUGGACGAUUUUUUAAAAAUUGUUAGGUAUUAAGCCCAAUUAAACACAGCUCAAUUAAUAUACAAGCCGAUUUUCACAAAAUAAGUAAUAAGUAAUAACUAUUAACGGAAUGAGGUAUUGAUAAAGGAAUACAAUUCAAAUUUAUAAUAUGCAAUGGCAAAUGUGGCUAAAUAAUAAUAAUACAAUUUAAAAUAGUUUUAUUCCAAAGAAAAUCGACCGAAUCUUGCACCUUGCACAAUCUCUUGAUCUAGCCUUGAAUUGAAUAAUUAUUUUUAGCUUUGCGUCUACUUAAAUAACAAACUUCAUAUUGCUCUCUGCCUGUCUUGCUAGGUAUAAACUAAAAAGUAGAUUUAGGUACUAUUUAGGCUUUAGCCUUUUAUUUUGUCAUGUACUCCACUCGUGUAAGCGAACAUAGAUCAGAGUAUGGUCAUCAGAGAUGAAUACUGCACUCGCUCCCGCUCUAUGCGAAUACGAUGGCGUGUCCAAACUUUAGAGCUGGAUUUAGGUAUGUGGUGAUCUGGGCCAAAAUUACUGUGUAUGCAACAAACAAAUAAACAUUACAAACAUUUUUGACUUAAAUAAUAUUUAAUAUUGUAUAUUACUGUGGCGGAUUAAACAAUUUGUCGUUUCCGCCAAAAGUAUACUCUUUCUCGUUCGCGCCAAAUCAUAAAUAUUUUACGAUUUAUUUUAUUUUUAUGUUAAAAAAUAAAAUUUUUAUUUUUGCUCAUGAUGAUUGUUGCAGCGUGUUCUUACCACAAAAUAAUAAAUAUCAAAAAUAUACAGGUUAUAGUCACUUUGUUUUAACAAGCUUAUACCUAUUAAAAGUUCUAACUUCGACAUAAUUCAACAAGGUUAAAUAUUUUUUCGUAAUCCGUAUUAUGAUAAUAUAUUGAAACAAAUUACAAAUAACAAUUAUUAUAUAUUGUGUAGUAUAGGUACAAUAGGUACAUCGGUUCGGCAUACAUACGUUAGAAAAAUAGUCCAUAAACUCACGUAAUUAUUACGAUUAUGAAUUUAAAUAUUUAAGAGGACGUUGCACCCGCAUAUUGUGUUGACUCCAUCUUACAAAGUUACAAACAUACAACAUAGCAAAAACUGUUAAAACUGUUCUUAAAGGGAUAUAACCACUUGUACGUCCAGCAAUUUUUAAUAUUUUAAUUUUCCAAUAUUAUACCGUUAAAUUGUAUAUAAUGUAUUAUUAAAAUUAGUAUAUUAUAUUACAAAAUCAAUGGUACAACUGAGAAUGUAAUACAAAAAUAAAACUCAAGCUGCCCUCGACGACACUUCAACCGGUGGCGUCAUUAGUCAUUACUCGCAUUAGUCUAAUAAUAUGCUAUUAGUAAAUACGCGAUGCGUCCACUAAUGCUUUUAGGUAAAAUACACCAAAACAUUGUAAUAGUGUAAGUGUAACUAAUAUGUUGUUAUUUAAGUACUUGAAUAUCAGAUGCUUGUUUUUUAUUUAAUAAAAAAAAUAUUUUUACAUGUGAA